AUGAACGAAAAUUCUACCAAUAUGAUUGUGUCAUCCACCAAUUCUGUGGUGGGUGAUGAAAAGCCUGCUCCUACUGUCAUUGAAAUUGAACAACCACAAACCCUCUCAAAAAACCCCUUCAAGAGAAGAAAACAAAGGAAAGAACAAGCACUUAAAGCAAAAGAAGAAGAAAUUCCAGAUCCAAGAGAACCAAAACUACGAAGAUGGGAUCACUGGACGAUUUACAGAAUGUUUGGUGUUUCCAACUGGUUUUUGAUUUUCUUGGGAUGUAUUGGCGCUGCGGGAGCUGGUGUCAUUCCGUUGUGUUUCCAAUUUGUAUUAGGAGAUUUAAUCAAUUCCAUCGCAACGUACUAUAAUCAGCCUGAUAAGUUGAGAGGUGAUAUCAACUGGAUGGCUGCCCAAUUUGCCCUCAUUGCAUUAGGAGCCACGAUUGCAAACUUUAUGAUGCAAUUUUUCCUUAACUGGGCUUCUGAAAGAAUUGGUGCUAAUUUAAAGGAAGGUUAUUUCAAUGCUUUAACUGAACAAGAAAUGGCAUUUUUCGAUAUUAAGAAAGUUGGUACUCUUACCAUUGCUCUUAGUGAAGAUAUUGCAAAAAUCCAAGACGCUUAUACCUUAAAAUUUGCCACCUUUGUCCAACAAUUCACUCAAUUUGUUGUUGGUAUUAUUCUUGCUUUUGUAUCCAGCUGGCAAAUGUCACUUGUCAUGAUUUCAACCUCCCCAUUGAUGGUGAUUUCUGUGGGUGUUCUUUCUCAAUUGAUCAAACUUUUCACAAAGAAGACCAAUGAGGCCAACGAACACUCAGCUGCUAUUGCCACUGAAGUGAUUUCGUGUAUGAGAACUGUCAGAAGUAUGGCAGGCGAAGAAAAGGAGCAACAACGAUUUAAAACGGAUUUAAAAAUGGUCAACUUUUAUGGAUUACUUAAGGCCAUUGCCCAAGGAUCUACAUUUGCAAGUGUAUCAUUCAUUUUGUGGGGUACAGUUGCUCUUGCUUUUUGGUAUGGAGGUGGAUUAACGGUUGACAAGGUAAUUUCUGUCGGUGAUAUGUUUAAAGUGUUUGGUUUAAUGCUUAUGGGUGUCCUUGGUUUGUCACAAGCCUUUACUUUCUUCCCUGAACUCACUAAAGCAAGAAUGAGCCAAGAAACUCUCCUCAAAGUCAUCAAAAGACAACCAGAAAUUCCAUUCAAGGGAGGAAAAACUUUGGACAAAAUUGAGGGUAACAUUUCUAUUCGUAACGUUGACUUUGUUUAUCCAUCAAGACCUAAUAUUGUGGUUUUGAAGAACUUCUCAUUGGAUAUUAAACCAGGUCAAGCAGUCGCUUUGGUAGGUCCAUCAGGUUCAGGCAAAUCGACCAUCGUCGGAUUGUUAGAAAGAUUUUACACUCCUAAAUCUGGACAAAUCUUUAUUGACGGAGUUGAUAUUGCUGACUUGGAUCCAAUGUGGCUCCAUAGAAACGUUGGUAUUGUCACACAAGAGCCCGUUCUAUUUGCAACAACAAUUAAGGAAAAUAUUGCAUAUGCUGUCGGAAUGGAAAAAGUUACCAUGCAACAAAUUGAAGAAGCUGCUAAAGCUGCCAAUUGUCACAAUUUUAUCAUGGACUUACCAGAAGGUUAUAACACCAUGCUUGGUGAGAAGGGUGUUUCUUUGUCAGGUGGUCAGAAGCAAAGAAUUGCCAUUGCUAGAGCAUUGUUACAAAAUCCAAGCGUUUUGCUACUUGAUGAGGCAACUUCUGCAUUGGAUACUGAAAGUGAAGCUUUGGUGCAAGCUGCUUUAGACCACUUGAUGAAAGGUCGUACCACCAUUUGUAUUGCUCACAGACUUGCCACAGUCAAAAAUUCAGAUGUCAUUUGCGUCCUUGCUAAAGGUGUUUUGGUCGAGAAGGGUAAGCAUGAAGAGUUGCUUCAAAUUGAGAACGGAGUGUAUCGUAAACUUGCCGAAAAGCAAAUGGCCUUUGGUGCUGUGGGUGGUAUGGACAAAACAGCUAGCAAAAUGGACUUGGAAGUGGUCAUGGACCUGAUAGAGGAAUAA